CGAUAUUAUGGAACUCGGGAUGUCGUAACCCACGACACGGGAGCGAUAUCAAAGAGGCACAGGCGGUUCAAACUGAUUCAGCAGCCGUAACCGGAGGUGCCAUUGAAGGACAAACGCUGGAGAUCGGCAGAAUUUCCCCGCCCAAUACAGCCUAUCCAUUGGCGCAGCUGUAACGUUACCACACCAAAAAACCCCAGCGAGACGCUCAACGUGUGGCUUGCGAGCUAGUCAGUCGACAGCAUCACUCCAACGUGUUCAUCGUGAAAGCUGAGAGAGGUUAGUAAUGCUGCCAUGGUUUGUGCCAGCGACUGGGCAGUAGCUCUCUGCUCCUGUAGUUGAUCUGUGAGGGCGCCUGCGCUCCUGGUCGCCAUGGACGCCGUUUUCGCGGUCCGGUUUGGGCAAAACGUGUCCGCCGAGCCCUCGGCGCCGGCGAUGUCAAUCGACCGGCUCUUCCCGGCGCUGCUCGAGUGCUUCGGCAUUAUCCUGUGCGGCUACGCGGCGGGGCGGGGCGGCGUCAUCACGCCCGCGCAGGCCAAGGGGCUGGGCAACUUCGUGUCCAAGUUCGCCCUGCCGGCCUUGCUCUUCAAGAACAUGGUGCUGUUGGACUUCGGCAACGUGGUCUGGUCCUUCCUGUGGAGCAUCCUGGUGGCCAAGGUGGCGGUGUUCGCCAUCGUGUGCGUGCUGACGCUGCUGGUGGCCGGGCCCGAGAGCCGCCUCAGCAAGGCCGGGCUGUUCGCCAUCUUCGCCACGCAGAGCAACGACUUUGCCCUGGGGUACCCCAUCGUUGAGGCCCUGUACAGAAACACCUACCCUGAGUACCUGCAGUACAUCUACCUGGUGGCGCCGGUGUCUCUGAUGCUCCUGAACCCGAUCGGGUUCGCCCUCUGCGAGGUCCAGAAGUGGCGGGAGAACCGGGACCGGCAGCGGAGCAAGCUGCAGAUCGUGGGCCUGGUGGGCCUGCAGGUGCUGAAGAACCCCAUCGUCUUCAUGGUGAUCGUGGGCAUCGCCUCGCACUUCCUGCUGGGCCAGAAGGUGCCCGUUUUCAUGGGCGAGUUCGUGGACGGCCUGGCCAACUCCUUCGGCGGGGCGGCGCUCUUCUACCUGGGCCUGACCAUGGUGGGCCAGCUGGGGAAGCUGACCCGGUCCACCGUGGUGGCGCUGAUUCUGCUCAUCACGGCCAAGCUGCUGGUGAUGCCGCUGAUCUGCCGGGACAUGGUGGAGCUGUUGGACAGGCCUCACAGCGGCUCCCCCAACCACAGCAGCCUGUCCAACUAUGCCUUCCUGUACGGGGUCUUCCCCACGGCGCCCAGCGUGGCCAUCUACGCCGCCCACUACAACAUGGAGAUCCAAGUGGUCACCUCGGGAAUGGUGAUAAGCACGUUUCUCUCCGCCCCGAUCAUGUACGUUUCCGCCUGGCUGCUGACGAUCCCGGGGAUGGACCCCAAGCCCCUGAUGGCCGCGCUGCAGAACGUCAGCUUCAACAUAAGCAUCAUCAGCUUGGUGGCUCUGGUGUGGACUGUCAGCGUCAUGCUGCUGAGCAAGAAAUUCAGGAGACUCCCACACAUGCUCACCAUGAACCUGUUCCUGGCCCAGUUUCUGGUUUGCGUGGGUAUGAUCCUGUGGUACUUCAUCGUGACGCAGGACAAUUUCGUGGGCCAGGUGUUUACCUUUGCUCUCCUCUACGCCUCACUCUACAGCACCUACGUGUGGACGGGCCUGAUCGCCCUCUCCCUGCUGCUGAUGAAGAAGGAUGAUGAGCUGAAGGUUCGGCCGGGGAUCUUCGUGAUCGUGGGCUGGGGAAUCCCCGCCCUUUGUGUGGGAAUCCUCCUCAUCGCUGGGGAGAAGAUGACUGAUAACGUUGACUCCGCCUUCUUCUACGGAAGACCCCAGAUCAUCACUACCACGGUGGUGCUGGCCUGCAGCAUCGUCCUGGGAGGUAGCUCUCUGAUGGGCCUCAGCCGGGGGACCCAGGACUCCAGCUACCAGGCCCUGGAGCAGGGCUCCGUCUCGGGCACCGGCGAGGACCCGAGGCCCCGGAGUGACUCAGAGAGCCAGGCCACACUGGAGCCGGCUCCCCCGGCGGGCAGCAUUAAUACAGAGUGCCAUAUGUGUGACUGUGGUCAAGCUGAGCCCAUGCCCGACAUGAUCGUCAGCACCCACAUGAACAACACAUCACCCGUGCAGCCAGGCCAGUGUGGGGCGCACUGCGAGUCCCCUAGCUGCCUGCUGGCCCAAGAAGAGGAGCUGCGGCAGGGGGCCGACAGACAGGUGGCCCGGCAUGUGCUGCUCUGCCUGCUUCUCACCGUCAGCCUGCUGGCCAACCUGUCCAGCUGCCUGUGGUGGCUGUUUAACAGCGUCCCAGGGAGGCUUUACUUGGAGCUGCAGUUCUUCUGUGUUGUUGCCAAUUUUGGACAGGGCUUUAUUUCAUUUGGGAUUUUUGGGCUGGAUAAGCACUUGAUCAUCCUCCCAUUCAAAAAGAGGCUGGCCAGUCUGUGGCACGGCAGGGAGCGGGCGGAGGAGCCCCAGGCCGCGGUGUCGGAGGAGAUCCGGCUCACCUGCACGCAGUUCGUCCGCUACCACAAGGACCAGUGUGUGCAGGACAUCGUGAAGAAGAGGAGGUGUGGGGAGAGGACCGUGGUGGGCACCUUCCUGGGCAGCGAGCUGGUGGACUGGCUGCUGCGCGCGGGCCUGGCGCGGGACAGGGGCGAGGCCGAGCUGUACGGGACACAGCUGGCGGAGGGCGGGGUGCUCCGCCACAUUGGCCACGACUUGGAUUUCCGGGACGACGGCCUGUACUACCGCUUCGCCGACGGCGGCAGGCCGGAGCGGUAGGGGGACGGCGGGAGCGCUGCGGGGUCCCGGGCGCUUUGGGGAGCAGCGGAUCACCACCUCCAGCCAGAGGUGAUUUUUAAAGGCACCAGCUGCUUCUGGACAUGACUAACCCUGCCUUGCGCAUUAGAAUACAGUGUUUACUUACAGUUAGAACGAAAGAGGGUCUAACACACACACCUGCUGCUUUCUUCCUGCGACUCUGGGGAUUAGAUGCAAGACCAGCGACGCACAUGAAUAUGAACUCAUGGGCGGCGCCCGUAUCGCCCAGGGUGGACUUUAUACGGCAGUGAGGCCACUAAGCAGACUGCACUGAGUACCUGGAGAGUGUUCACUGGACCUUAGGGUACAGGGCGUCCCAGCAUUAAAGAUGACAAGUCACAUUAUUGUGACUCAUUUUUUUAGGUUCAGUAAAUGACAAUCUCGCAGAUUCCCUUUGGUCUGAGUGAAAGACGCACUCCCUGAGAGUUGUGCUUUCAGGGCCCUGUCUUUUGGACUGCCGUGCAAGACAGACCAAACGUCUUCCAGAGCACAAUCUCUCUACCGCUCUCUGCGUGAGGGAGGAGCUGUCUGACGAAACGCCUGUCUUCCACAGUCGAGAGGCCUGUGCCACAGGGGAUUCGCAUGGAGCCCUCGGCCUCAGCAGUUUAAUUAAACAGUGACCUACUUCACCAGCUACACUUCCAUAAAGGUUAACAUAUGUGAUGCUAAGACUAUGCUAAGAAUCACUUUGACUAGAGGGCAUUCCAUAAGAUGUGGAGUUUUGAGUUAAGUACAUAUCACAUAUGUUGGUGGAUGCUUUCAUUUAGUAACCCUUUUGUAAUUGUAGUUUGGAUCAGAAUUCAUCCAUAACCGCCAUCACUAAUUCAAGCUGAGCCCAGAUCUGUUAAAAAAUGCAUUUCAGCUCCCGCUGUGUGAUACUCGAAAGAACUGGUAAUCAGAGCAGAUUUUGUUCAAGGCCUCUUUAAAAACACUCAUGUCUGUUGUGUUGCAAAGGGCAUUUCCUCCGCCGUUCAGCUGCAGUCGUGUUAUUCUUGUGCUUCAAGUUUCACUUCCCUCAAGUUCAAAAAUAAUACUUUCAAACCUCAGGAAGCGCCAGGCACUCACAGCUGAGAGAACCUCGUGAAGGGCCUCACAGCUGAGUGGUCUGCGUUGUGUAAGAGAGGUCAAAGAGGUCAAGGCUACAACUGACAUCAUGACACUGGACAUCCUUUAAGAUGUGACUCGGAACAGAAUUCUGAUGUGCGUUCAGCAUUUCAUUUGCACUUUUUUGCCAGCGAUGGUGAAUUCAGGCAGCUGGGUUUUUUAUAAAUACAGCAUGAGUUAAGUAUGUAACGUGUUCAUCAGAAUAACUAUUAUCAAAACAGUGAUUUUAUUGUUCAAGUGUUAAAAAAAAGCCUGUUAUCUCUGACAGUGUU